UUUCUUUUAUAGCUCUCACUUAGCCAAGCGGCACUGUCAAGUGCUAGGUUGGCACGUUCGAUUAAAUUGGACGGGGUAGCUAACUGAGUGACAAAACUGAUGGUGAAUCGAAGUUUCAUGCUGAGAUGAAUUUACACCUCCGUUUUUGUCGCAAAGUUUGUAGGCUUUAAACUUCAGCAAGCAAGCAAGCAUAUUCUUGAUUCCGAUGGACGAUUCAUUAAUUAACCGGUGGGAUGAUUCCCGAGGCUGCCCACUGCACUCAAAGUAUCCACCUUUUGCUGUAAUAUAAUCCUCCUUCCAUUCCUUCCUGAGCUUGUCAGCCGCAGAGCAGAAGAUUUGAGGGUGACGAUGGAGUGCGCAACCGGGAGCAACUUGUGGCUCUCAAGCUUCUGCAUUUCUUCGUCUUCUUCCAGGCGAGCUCCCCUUAAUGGGAACGCUUGUUCUGCUUCUUUCUGUCCGAAGACCCAUAAGCUGUCUCCUUCUUCCUCGCUCAGGGUCGAAGCAGUCGGCUCCACUCCAACGGCUGCGAAUCUUUCUCCUGACUCCAACCCAGUGGCGCGCCCAGGAAGUAAAGUGAGUGUGGCCAAUCCUGUUUCAAAGAGCAUUGAGUGGCCUUCCCCUGUUGAUGCAACGCCGUUCUGGAAGCGGGAAUUCCCUUCUUCUGAUGUCAAUUUUGAGGUCCCAUCUAACACUGAGAAGGAUCCUGACUCCCUGCAUAUAAUACAUGUCACGGCCGAAAUGGCUCCAAUAGCAAAAGUCGGUGGCCUCGGGGAUGUUGUAACAGGACUUGCUCGUGCAUGUCUGUCUCGUGGUCAUACGGUGGAUAUUAUGUUGCCUUUUUACGAGUGUAUUCAGAAGGAACAGAUCUCAGAGUUGACAUUGAUAACCUCGUAUGGUUCAUUCCAUGAUGGGAACUGGGUCCCAACUAAUGCUUAUCGUGGGACUGUUUCUGGGAUCCCAGUGAUAUUCAUCGAACCGUCAAAUCAUUUCUUCAAAGGGCAGUCAGUGUAUGGGGGCUCAUAUGAUGAGACGGAGGCAUACUUGUUCUUCAGUCGGGCUUGCCUUGAAUGGAUGCAGGUGACCCUUGUGCAACCUGAUAUCAUUCAUGUACAUGAAUGGCAGACAGGUGGUUUGCCCCUGCUUUACUGGGACAUGUACCAUAAUCUUUCCCUCAAGAAACCAAGGAUAACUUUGACCAUCCAUAACAUGGAGCACUAUGGCGAGUGUAGACAAGAGCAACUCGAUAAGUGCGGCCUUGAUGGGUCAAUCUAUGCGACUGAGGAAAAGGCUGUGGAUGACCGAACAGUUGGUCAUAAUCCUGAGAGAUUGAGCUUAUUGAAGGGCGGCAUCGUGUACAGCAAUUCUAUAUUGACUGUCUCUCCAACGUAUCUCAAGGAAACCCUUUGCUCUGGAUGGCUUGCAAGCACUCUGCUUAGACAUCGCGAUAAGUAUGUUGGCAUAUUGAAUGGGAUAGACACUGACAUGUGGAAUCCUGCAACUGACAUUUUCUUGCCUGCUAAAUUUAAUGCAAAAGAUCUUGAAGGUAAGAAGUUAUGUAAAUACUAUGUCCAGAAGGGGCUUGGCUUGGACUUGAAAGGGGACAGUAUCAUCAAAGGGGAUAAUACAAUAGAUGCAUCAGUAAAGGUUCCCUUGGUUGUUUGUAUUACCCGACUUGUUGCCCAAAAGGGUCUUCACUUGAUCACUCACGCAAUUAAGCGCGUUGAAGAACUUGGUGGACAGAUGAUUGUACUAGGAAAAGCUCCGGAUCGGCGGGUAGAGAGCGAGUUCAAGUAUCUCGCAGAUUUGCACAAUCAAGGCCCUAGCGUGCGGAUUCUUCUGAUAUACAGUGAAGAGCUGUCCCAUAUGCUCUAUGCUGCAGCAGAUAUGGUGUUAGUUCCUUCCAUGUACGAACCAUGCGGCCUUGCCCAAAUGAUCGGGAUGCGAUAUGGAGCAGUCCCGAUAGUUAGGAAAACCGGUGGUUUAGCAGACACUGUGUUUGACAUGGAUAAUCAAUCAAAUCGCGAGAUGGCAAAUGGGUUUGUCUUUGAAGGUAUUGAUGAGGGAUCAUUAAACUGGGCUCUAGAUCGUGCAUUUUCUUAUUACAGGGAAAAUCCCAGCGUAUGGGCCGGAACAGUCAGGAAGGUUAUGGAAAUAGACAACAGCUGGAACAAUACUGCAGGGAAGUACAUCGACGUGUACAACUCCGUGAGAGUACGGUGACACUGUAUCGAACACACAUCAUUAGGUAAUCCUCCUGUUGCACGCACAGAUAACAUUGGAUGACUCGACAGACCUAUCUCGUCACCGGGGAAUGUUCUUGUCGGGAGUUCAUUCAGGGCCUAACAAUGAUUAUAGGGACUACUUGUAAAUUAGUAAGUGUUUUGACUGGCAUGAUCAACUGCCCACUGUUGUAUCAUUCAAUUCUUGUUUGUCUUGUAAAAUGCUCGGAUGGCCACUUUUCGAUGCUAUCCGUCUCUUUGUAUGUAAGAAUCUGCAGGAGUCGAGAACACGGAGCUCUUAGAUCAAGAGCUCUGACGGGGACACUGAGAAGUUGCCAUUUCUUCAGAUGAGCUCAUGGAGGUUACUGCAUGGCAAAAGUCAAUUAAUACAUUGCGGCA